AUGGCGGCUGAUCAGGAGACUUUCAGCAUUGCCCUCGAACGACAGAAGGGAGUGUACCCUUUUACCUCACCACAGGCUGUGCUGUCUUUGCCGCCAGAUAAUCAACUUCAAGGACGCAGUCGGAUCCAAAGUUUUUAUUUUACCCUUGGUCAAGGCGCAGCAGUUGGGUCAGUAUCGAGGCGGUGCUACUUACAGUGUAGGCCACGGUCGAUCAAAGAACGACAUACGGACCUCAAAGUAGCAUAUACACCUCUUUCUUCCAACAUCGUCCAAUUCUGUUCCGAGAUUGACCCAGAGAAAGUUGCAUGUGAAGUUGACACUAGUGAGGUUCUUAAUGACUAA